AUGCUGUCUAUCCCCUUCCUCACGACCGCUGCUCCUCUUGCAUACCCAACCGGCGUGAUAGUUGCUCCCAUCAAUGGGACGUCCAUCAUGCCCGGCGAGGUAUUCGACUUCAAGUACAAUGCGCACGCAGACUACUGCAUGUCGAGUUACAACUACUCCGUUUGGCUCGUGACAGACAAGCCCACGAUGUUCAUGCCGUCGGAAACGUUUAUGACCGGACACCUUUUCGGAACCUUCCAAGAAGCUAAUUAUCCUGGUACGCCUGUACCAUACCCUUCGAAUCCGCCUCCGUCCCAGCUGGUCAUGCCAGUGCUAUCACAACCCCAGGGUGGCUUUGGUUCAGGCCAGUCAGCUGCUAACGCUACGUUCUAUCUCAUGGUUUGGGAAGAAUGGGAUUCCUGCGAUGGUGCUCUUGGGACCAAGAUCAGCUUAUCCAUGAACAAUAUCGUGUAUAAUGCCACCGCGGCUUAG